AUUUAUGUGGCAAAAAACCCCCAACUCCAUUUCAAGUUUCGUCUUCCUCCUCAGGGUUUUAUCUCCCCUGUCCAGUCUGCUCCUGUUUAUUGCUUGUGUUAGGUUUUUGCAGAAGGAUAUUUUAAGUUUGAAGAAGGAAAAACUAUUCCCCAUUAAUUGCAGUAAGGAAUGGUAUAAGAGCAGAGCUGUGUGGACCAGGACGGUUGUUCGGCUACAGGAUAACGCGGUUAUCGCUUCAGAAGAAACACAAGCUGCAUGUAAACAGUGACUACGUUUACAUGGACAGCAAUAAUCUAAUUAUUGACCUUAAUCUAACUAUUGAUGUUAUGCACCGCAGCCUGCUGUACUGCCUGUAUAUCUUGAUUGACAGAUAAUCUACUAAUCUACUGCACACACUCCAGUCCGGUAGGUGGCGGUAAUGCACCUUUAGCUGCUUUGCCAACCGCCAUUAAAAACAAAAAGAAGAAGAAUAUUUUGUUUUCGGAUUUGUCGUUGUGUCUCCUGCCUUGUUUUGUUUGUUAUAUUUGUCGUAGUGUUUAUAAUGUGUUGUUUUGUUUCUGGAUUUGUUUUGUUUUCAUAUUUGUGAUUAGUUUGGCACUUCUCGGCCACCGUAGAAAACCCUUCAUGUAGCUGUAUUAACUGUCUGAUGGAGCCGAAGCACAGAGACCUUCUCCGAGCGCAGAGACUGCACCUCUGUGAGCAGCUCGUAGUGGAUGAGACGAUAGUUCAGUACUUAUAUCAAGAGGACAUUUUAACCGAGGGCCAAGUGGAGGAAAUUCAGUCACAGAAGUCUAACAAAAAUAAGACGUUACUGCUGCUUAGUAUUCUUCCAAACCGUGGCCCCAAUGCUUUUAAUGUGUUUGUGCAAUCCCUCGAACAGGACUUUCCCUGGAUUAAAGAGAAACUGCUGCUUUUAGCCGAUGAAGAUGAGCAGGAUGGAGGAAGGGGUACAGAGCUGUCCAACACAACCGCUCAGUGGGCCAUUCCUAAACACAUCCUUCAAAUGGUUCCAUCUGAUCAGCAGCUGAAUAGGCUUGCAGCUCGGCUCGGCUUGGAGUGGGAGAUGGUGCUGCUGGACUUGGGUUUGACAUCGGUAGAGAUCACCCGCUGCCGUGCAGAUCAUCCACACAGCAGUCACAGUCAGGUGCUGGCAGCCCUGGUGAUGUGGAAGCAGACUCAGGGUCGGAGAGCUACGGUGCAGCGUCUACUCCAGAGUCUACAGAAUUCCGAAAUUCAUCCUUCUUCCCUCAACCAGGUGUUUGUCUGAGACUAGUUGAGACUGGUUCUGCCAUUAAGAUUAAACCUCCCUGCCCAGACAGGAGAAAUGGACACACACACACACACACGCACAAAUGCUUUGUUUCAUACAGAGCAGUAUUGAAGAAAGCCAGAGAUUCUUUUUUUCUUGCUAAUUUGUCAUUUUGAAAUGACAAGUUGCUGAAAUAUACUGUAGACUGGAAGUACCACCAGCAGAACUUAUCUUUUUAAAAGAUUUUAUCUCUGUUUGAUAGAGAAACAUUGAAAUUUUAGGAAAAUGUAAAAAUUUUAAUUAAAGCUUGCUUUUUAUUCGUCAGUAAAUCUAAAAUGUAUUCACCACAGUAAAUGCAGUCAUUUGAUUUUGUGUGUGUGUGUGUGUGUGUGUGUGUGUGUGUGUGUUUUUCAAAGUCCAAAUACAAUAUUUGUCAGCAUUAUCUUUAGAAAAAAAAUUAAAAGGUGAAAAUUUUUAUUUUUCAUAAGUAUUCAACCAGUGUGCCGUGGAAGCUCCAAGUUUAUACAGAUGAAAGACAUUACAAAGACACACUUGGCUUAAAAUUGGCUAUUACCAGUGAAUCAUUAAAAAAGGUUCACCUUUUCUGGUUAAAAGAUCCCCAAGUGCCAUUGGUCAGACUGUGAAUCUGAAGUAAACUCUGAAAAUGAAGACCAAACAGCAUGCUAACUAAGGAACUUUGAGAUAAAGUUAUAGGCGUGCACAGGAUGAGAAAAGUUUGGAAUUAAAUUUGUGCCAAAAGUAUUGAAUGUAACUUUUCAAGAAAAAAAAUUAACAAAAAUAUACAGUAAGAAAGAAGAACACUGAAACUGAACUCAGUGACAUGAAUUUAACACGGUCUUCGAAUUAACAGCAUUCUUUAUUAACAAUUUUCUAAGCUUCCUUUUUGUUAAUCAUGGUUUACGAAUGCGCUGCCAGAGUUUUCAUUUACGCUUUCAAAGUUUUUGUUUAUAUUCCACAAGUUUAUGUUCAAGAUUCUGUUGAUGCAAAUGGAGAUUGAAAUUGUGCCAAGGGUUAGGGUUACAGUCAUGAUUGCGUAAGUGCAAAGAGUACUUGUAUGCUGGAUUUACCUGAUACAAAGGCAAGUAAGUGUUGGUCCAUUAUAAACAUUUACAUCAACCCUCGUGUUUAGAUGUACAGAUAGGCUGUACUUGUUCAUGUUCUCAUAUUUUUGUGGGAUUUGAAGUCUUCUGGAACUAUAUUAGUGUCACUUCCUUUAACAGCUCCAGGUGACGCUGGAUGAAAUAAUCAGUGAUAUUAAUACACAUAAAAUGUACAGAAAGCAUUGUGUUCGGCAUCAACUUUGUGGUAUUGAGGGCGCUUGCUAUGGAAUACUUCACCCAGCUCGGCUUCGUAUUACAUAUAACGGUGUUCAGAAGGACUUUAUUUCAGCGGAGGAAGCAGGAGACUAUGUUAAACUCUUGAUAUCGGGGUGAACUGCAUCAUCUACACAGCAGAAUCUCUUUCACUCUUCUUUUAUUUUUAUUUUUUGCACUCGGCCUUCCAGCUCUACAGAAUUCGGAUUCUUAUUGAAGAUAUUGUCGUUGCAUUACUUCGCCUAGAUUUUGUGGACUCACUCCUCUUAAAAUUUACUUCUGUAUUAAUGUGCUUGUCUGUUUUGAUGCUCUGACCGGGUUAGAGUUUCUGUUUAUUUAAUUUUAUUAGUGUGAUCUCCUCGGCUUUACGUGAUACACUGUUAUAUUAUUUGUUACAAGUCUUUAAAAGGUUAGGACGUUAUAUUUAUUAUUCCGUGCAGACUGUUUAUCAGUCUUGGUAAUUUUGUUGGUUAGUUCAGCUUUACUCUCCGAGUUGUUUUCACAUUGUGGACAACGUUCGGUUUCUGUAGGAUACACUGCUGUCUCAUUUGUUUAUGGAGACUUUGGAGGAUUGUGAGAGUAAGCAGAACAUGCCAAUGCUUUGAAGGAUGUAAUGUUAUUUAAUUGUGAAUCUGUUUUUAGAGGAUUUAAACUUAACAUGGUGAACAAAUUAUAUUAUAGAAUUCAGGCAGUUUUACUGGGGUUAUCUCAUACAGUGUAGCAAGUAAUAAUCUGGAAAGACCAUUGUAAUAUCUCAGUCUAAAACUGGAUUUAAAGAGAAGCAAAUUAGUAAAUGAAUCACAUGUAAAUGAAUCACAUGAAAACGUAUC